AUGCAGACUCCAACCGCCAACUCUCCAGAUGUCAAGCUAGUGCCGCGUCGCACCUUCCAGGAGGGCCACUCUGGUUGGGUCUGGGAUGUGGCCCUCUCCCCGGAUGGCACGAUGGCGGCCUCGGCUUCGAAUGAUGCCACGGUCCGGGUCUGGGGCACGACGGCGACGGGCUCGUUAUAUCGAGUAUUCAAAGGGCACUCCGGCCCGGUCAGGGCUGUCUCCUUCUCACCAGACAGCCAGCGGGUGGCUUCCGCCUCCGACGACAUGAUCGUGCGAGUUUGGGAAAUCGGCACGGGGGUCGUAUCCCGUUCAUUUCAAGGCCAUUCCGGCUGUGUGAGGUCGGCUGCGUUUUCCCCGGACGGGAAGUUGAUAGCGUCGGCAUCGGACGACAAAACGGUCCGUCUUUGGGAUCUUGCAUCUGGGAACACCAUCCAAGUCUUCCGCGGCCACACUGGCUGGGUGCGGACGGUGAAGUUCUCGCCGGAUGGGAAGCUUUUGGCAUCUGCUUCCGAUGACUACACGGCUCGCAUCUGGGAUAUACAAACGGGUACUGCCCGUGCCGUACUUGAAGGCCACACUGACUAUGUGCGGGCCGUGAACUUUUCACCAGACGGCACGAUGGUAGCCACUGGAUCGAAAGAUCGAACAGCACGGUUGUGGCGAGCGGGUACUCUAUCCACGGUCCUCGAGGGACAUUCGAGCUGGGUGAAAGAUGUGAUUUUCUCUCCGGACAGCAAACUGGUCGUCUCUGCGUCGGACGACUCAUCAAUACGACUUUGGACUACGAGCACGGGCACAGCCUGCGGCAAGUUGGGGCCGGUUCAAGGCUGGGAAAGGGGCAUGGCCUUUUCGCGGGACGGGAAGCUAGUGGUGUCUACAGCUGACGAUAUGAUAGUCAGAAUUUUGGAAACUGACGAGAACUUAUGGUCUUUGAAAUAG